GGUUGAAGACUAAACUAGAGUUAGGGAAAUCCUUUUCUGAUUAUCAUCGAAUUCUUGCCAGAACCGUUCGAUUGUUGACAAAUAUAGACAUAUACGGCAAACGAAACUACCAGAGAAAACUAAAAUGUUUGUUAACAGCUUGUUUAGAUGAGUAACAACAGUAGAAUUGAGAAGCAAGUUUCUACAAACGCUUUGAUCGUGUGCCGUUAAUGAUUUGUCUUUAAUGAACUGGUUUACUCUGAUACGAUAUUUUAGUAAAUAAGUUUUGUGUUUUUUUUUUUACAUCGGUGGAAAUUAGGCCCGACAGGUAGGGUUCAUAGCGUCGUGUGCCAUCCGAGUAAUGCAUCGUUUCUAAAUGGAAAACAUGAGGAAAUCAUCAUUCGGUCAGUUUGGUGGCCGUUUGUCAAGUGGGCCUUUGAGAGUAAAGAAUGAAAAUGGUUCUACAAAUAUUCGAAAAUCAACAACUGGAAGCCGCACACCACAGGGAAAAAUGUUUCCUGUGACACUUCAGCCAAAGAUCAGACCUUCUACUGCUGUGAGAAACAGUAGUAUAGGUUUCUACAACAGUGGAUUAGGAACAAGAGGGAGCAGCAUAGGUAUACGGGGUCGGGUCGAUGUACCUAAGGAUCCACGCCCUAUCUCUGACAGAGGCUUUCAGCAAAAGUGUAUCAGGCAGUUGAUUGAUUUUCUGGUUGAAAACAAAUAUCCACACCCAAUAUCUCAAAAAGUGCUUCACUCACCACCCUCGAAAGAAUUCUUCCGAAUUUUUGAGUUCAUUUAUCAGUUUUUAGACCGUAGCUACAAGCUGACUGGCAAAAUGGAGGAUGAGGUGUUACGCCUGCUGAAAGUUUUGGGCUACCCUUUUACUAUCUCCAAAAGUUCAAUGUAUGCAGUUGGAACCCCUCACACCUGGCCUCACCUGUUGGUGGCCUUAAUCUGGCUCACUGACCUGGUGAAGUAUUCACAAAGCAUGGCAGACACUACAUUGCUGGACAGGCACAUCAUAUUUACUCCAGAAGAUGCAGACUUUGAUUCCCUUCCUGAUGAUAAGAUUUUAUUUGAAUAUGUUACCCAGACCUAUGCUGCAUAUUUGAGUGGCGAGGACUCUUAUGAUGCAUUUGAUGAAGAGCUCUCAAAAUUACUUGAGGACAAGUAUCUGGGGCAGUCAGGUGGUAUUGAGGCAAUCCAGUCAGAGAGCAGCCGCAUCUCCGAAGAAAUUGCACUACUUGAUCAAGAAUUGAGUCGUGUAAACAAGCUGCGGGAGCAUCAAGAGAUAAUGCUGCUUGACGAGCAAAAGUAUCGUGACUAUCUUAGAGAAGUGGAGGCUGUCCAGCGCAAACACCAGCAGCUCUUGAUUGAUGCCCAGGAACAGUCUGUCCUGCUGGCUGAAGAACUACAGUCAGUUCAUCAGAAAAUUCAGCACAUGCAGGUGAUCUAUGAACAGCAAGAGCUGACACCUGCUGAUGUUGAGAGGCUGAAGGCUGCCAGGUUAGACCUGCAGCGCCAGGAGGAGGCUCUCGAGAGAGAGGUCAAGGACCUCAGUUCUGAGAUAUGGAAAAAAGAGAUUGCUUAUGGUCGCUUACAUGAACAGCUGAAUUCCAGCAUCGCUGAAUAUUCAAAAUUGGCACGAGCUCACAAACUAAUCCCAGUCACAGCUGAAAAUGCUAAUGGGAUUGACUUUGAGCUGCAUGUUUCCUAUCAAGAGUCAGAAAGCAACAACUUCGACAGCAUUAUCAAGCCAGCACUAAUGGCCAUCAAGAAACAAACAAUGGAUAAGCUUCACCAUGCCGAGACUUGCAAGCUUCAGGAGGAAAGAAAUCUGGAACAGUUUCAAGAAAGCAUCUCAGAGAGUGAACAAGCCCUGGCUGAACUGGAGAAGGAGAUAAAAAAAAUAGAUGAGGAGUUAGAGUGCCGAAAGCAGCUUUACCAGAGGGACAUUGAUGGACUCCAGGCAGCAGUGGACAAUAUCCAGGCUGAAAUUCGAACUUUCCAGACAUCCUCUCAGCUCAGUCUUCAAGAUGCAGAAAAGGAUUUGCGAGACACAGUCAGCUGGGCUGACAGAGAGAAGGCAGCCCUCAUCAAAAAGGAGCAGGAAUAUUCCCGCUUCAUGUGCAACGCAUGCACACUUGUCUCCGAUCACAAGACCCACAUGCAUCAACGCCUGAUGGAGCUGGAGAAGGAAGUUAAACAGGUGUUGCUUCAGACUCAGCACCGCACACGCAUCAUGGAAGAGAAUAGCUUGAAACUGCGCAGCGAGCUGUAAACGAAUAAUCUACAUCUCACAGCCAGUUACAGGAACAUUUUGUCCCUGGCUUGCACUCUAAGCUCACUUUUUUAAAACCUGGUGAGGAAUGUUGUCCAGGUUGUGGACACCAUCACCAGAGAAGUUGUGCAACUGGGAGCAGUACCGAUGAACUUGCCUCUAUUCCACCUUCCUCUUCUCUUCCAGCAGCAUUAUCUGAACCACCAUCACCACUAUCUUCACUUCGUUUUCAUGUUUUGCUUUUAAUUCUAACAGUUUUUGUGUAAGACAUUUUGUUAUUGUGCUUAUUACAUUUGCUGGACAUGAUUACUUUGUUCCCAUGUCAAGAGAAAUGAUCACUUUUUAUCCAAAUCUUGUCAGGGGUACCAAUUAUAGGUUUACUAGAAUAGAUCAUAACUGGAGAGAAAAUAUGUUUAAGAAAGAAUCCAUGCAUACAUUAAAAAUGUGUGUGAAAGGGAUAGAGUAAAUGUUUGCAUGUGCAAUAUUGCGAUGUAUAUCAUGGCUGAUUAGUGUGAAGGAGAAGAGAGAUGCAUUCAUUGACCUUUGAUGUUUUUUGUCGCAAAUACUUUUCUCAAAAUGCUUUUUGGUGUGCUCAGAUACAUGUAUACUGCGUUUCCACUAGCAUGUGACCGCAACACAAAGUUUAGAUGAGCAUUGUAGAGUGCUUUUGCAUGCCAUAGAAAAGACCUUUGAGAAAGGGAGAAUAGAUUUUUAUGGUAAUAUUUUUAAUAGCAUCAAUCACUAAUUGCCUCAUUUUAGUUUAGCCACAAAAGUACUUUGUGCAUUGUUGUACAUUUAGAAAUUAUUAUGUGUACAUUGUUGUUAAUUUUCUCCCUCACUGCCCUAUCUUCUCCACCUCUUAAGAGUUGGGUACCCUGACAGCUGGGUCAACUGGGGAGUUUGGACAGAUGCCAGAUACCUUGGCCAUCUUCCCCAUUGGAAUAGCUUGCUACACUGCCAAGACACCCUGCACAGUCUGUGCGAUCGCUAGGGACUAGAUUCAUUAACAAUAGCAGGAGUGACAAUGAUGGGGGGGAAUAAAAUCACAUAAGACAAACACCCAUGCAAAACUGAUGUAUGUUUUAUUUUUCUAUGACUGUGCCCACAUGGGUUACAUAUAAAUAAUUAUGAAAUUACAUACAAGACUUGUAAGUUA